CAGAAUAUGGGGACGUUUUUUUGUUGUUUUGGUUUUGUGUUACUUGUCGUCCCAAACCCGCCUGUAGGAGGACACGCCCGACCUGAUGCUAAGCAGGCUUCUCAGAAGCCUCGGGCAACGCAUUUUAUACCUAUCCACUGCCCCCUGGCCGGGCCCUUCCUGUGCCCUGGAGCUGUGCAGACGCCCUCCUGGCCAAGCCAGGAGGGCGUGGCGUACACUCUGCUGCUGGGUUCAGGAUGGGCCUUGCCAGGGAGCAAUGGCUAUGUAUAGAUUUCGUCGCCCUCAAAGCCGAGGAGCAGAUUUCGGAGGUAUCGCCCCCUUCCCCAGGGCCAGUUUUUCGUCCCGAGUCGUUUUCGGACGGUCCUGGGGCUCGGCAAGGGCCUCCAGAGGUCGAAAGUAGCCAGAAACCUCGCGUCGUGUCGUUUCGUGAUCCGAGGGGAUGGGGAGGCCGUUUUUGUAAGGGUCUGGUGAUAGCCCGGGUUGUCGGGCCCGCUCGCCCUUUCCGCUCCCCCCCAGACAACCUGAUAUUGUCGGUUGCGCAGGUCCGAAGGGGGUACGCGAUAUUGGUGCGCGUGGGCCUGCGUGGGGCUGCACAGAACGAAAAUGUCAGGUCAUCGGCCAGCGAAUCCCCCCUGUCUGACAGCUUGGAUUACCGCCGAAAAGUAGGUAACGAUCUCGGGAAUUCGGCCCCUGAGCGUAUCCGAGAGCUUCUGGGACAUCUUCCACUUCCACAUGAGCGGGAAGUGGCUCGCCUACCUUCCCUCCCUCGGCGCGCUGGCCGUGGACUGGUGGUACCUCAUCAGGACCAUCUACGGCUACCGCCCAGAGAAGGUCGGGGAGUACGUGCGCCCAGAGGACUGCGUGGUCUUCGUCAUCAGGGACCAGGCCGUCUUGGACGAGGCGUACUCCCGCGGGAGCCUGAUCCCGGAGAAGCUGCACCUGGUGUCGUGGGAGGCACGUCGGGGCAGCGGCGUACUCGACGGGGACUUCAUCAUUCACUCGCGGUACUGCCAGCACCUCGAGCCCCUGAGCCUGUUCUUUGUGCUGGUGGGCAUCGCUGCGGGCGUGGGCUUCAUCGCGUUGCUCAUCCGCGGCGACUACUAUUGGGACAGGUUCUGGGAGAAGAAUGCCGAGGUCCCCGCGGAGGACCUGCUCCGGGACCGCGAGGGCCGCCACCGCGAGCACGAGGCCGAGCGGCCCGAGGCCUCCACCAGCGGCGACGAGGGCUCCAGCAGCAGCGGUGGGGCCGCCUGCUGAGCGGCGCCCGCGCCACCGCCCGGGCCCGCGGCAGAGGCCCGCGCCGCGGAUCGGCGAGGCCGGAACA